AUGUGUGCUAAUUCUAAUUAUAAUGGAAAAUUAAUUCAUUUAAUUGAACAAUAUGGACUCAGCCCUCCAAAUGAAGAAAGAAUAGUGUAUCUUCCAAAUAAAUGCUUAAAAAGUGAUUCAAAUUUGUUAUGUACUCCAUAUAUGUGUAUAAAAAAUGAUUUUAAUGAAUCAUAUUCAUGUGAAUAUGAAGAAAUUAGUAUUGUAAAAAACAUUUUUCCAAGUCCAGAAACAUUCAAAGCAAUAUCGACAAAUCAUAAGGCUAUUUAUCAUGAAAGUAAUCUUAGAUCUUCUUCAGUUUAUGCAAUGACUCUCAUGCCUUUUUUAAUUAUUUUCAUUUUUUUUUUUUGUUAUAUGUAUAAGAUUUUUAGAAAGAAGAGAAGAAAAAUUAAUUAA